UCCAGCUUCCCAACCGACCGGCAGAAUGUUUAUUUUUCUACACCAAUGACAGUCCUCACUGGUAGCAAGGCUGGUAGGUAGGCUUCAAGGAUUAUUACUAUUUCGAUUGGGCUCCGACGAAAACCGAGACCAAACUGAAGCACUGGAGCGGGAUUAUUAAUUAGGUAGGAUUUUGGCGGAAAAUGGUUUUCCACGAUUUUCGUCUAUUUUCCGUGCGUGCCGAACUGAAUUAAUAUUUCUAAAGCGCGGUUCGAAUGUGACGGUGUGUGCUAUUCCCGAAGGGGCAAACGAAACGCGCGUACGAAAUUUAUAACGAAAAACAACGAAAGGGUUCUGAUUAAAAAGACAUCAUGAACCCCGUGUUUUGCCGAAUGUGUCUCAAGGAUCCUCCCGUAGACUCGCUAGUGUUUUCCGUCUACGAUACAUUUCAGGGCAGACCGUUGGUGGAACUUAUCGACGAGCUUUUCUCCAUAAAGGUGAUCGUUGAGGAUCGACUGUUGAACGUAUGCCUGGAAUGUGUGAAUAAGAUUCACUCGGUACAAAAGAUAAGCCGUCUGUUCGUCACCAACAAUGACAAACUGCAAAACAUGCUGCACGGUGAGGAGACGGAAGCAAUCGGAAUCGAUGAGGAGACGGAGAGUGCCGGCUAUGAAGAGAUGCAUAGUGAUGAAACAUCCACUGGAGGACAGAAUCUGCACCGACAGCCGAACGGUAGAGGCGAAACAGAAGAGGUACUAUUGACCAUCGAGCGGAACACGCAAGAAAUCGAAGAAUUGUACUUGGAUACAGAUGCUAAGUGUAGGAUCGCCAGGAGAGUAGAGGAAGUGAAUGAUAAGUUGCCGACGGACGAACGAGUCAACCAAAAACGGCAGCUAUCAGUCAAACAAUCGGAGCUGAAUCGCAAGUGCUACUUCUGUGGCAUGAUUUUCGGUACUUCGCUGGAAUUCACAAAUCACCUUACGCUACACAUCCACCAGGUACCGUACACGUGCCCCGAGUGUAAUGGCAUCACGCUGCAAAGCGUGCAGCAGGCCAGCAAGCACAUUGGUAUGCACGAUCGAACCGAUCGUCCCUAUGGUUGCCGUGUCUGCUCGCUACGCUUCACCUCGAAGGAUCGCAGUUUGUCUCACGAACGGAAAAUGCACCGUUACAAGCUGAAAAAACAGGCGCAAAAGAAUCAGAACCGCAAAUCGAUAGCAACGAUAGAGCCUAUAAAAACCAUUCGUUAUCACCAUUCAAAGCUGAAACCGUUCAAUUGUCAGCUUUGCGGGCGUUCUUUCACAUUGAAGGGAAAUCUCAACCGGCAUAUGGGCAUGCACACGGGCGAGAAACUGCACAAAUGCACGGAAUGUGAUAAAGGCUUUUGGCAAUCGACGCAACGCAACAUUCAUCUGCGACGGCAUCACCCGAACGCGGUCUUGCGUUUACAGAACAAUAGGAAAAACUCUGAACCCUCGGAGAACAGCAGGGCGGCAGCGGUUGGCAAUAAGGAGGAACGGGAAUGAAAACUGUACCCACCAAUUCGGAGCGUUAAUAAAUGAGUUUGGACAGCUGGAG